GUCGUUUUCAAGAAAGUCGCCACAAGAGAUCAUUCGAACUAAAAAAAGCAAAACAGAUCUCUCCUGCCGUCUUUGGUUACUUCCGGCGGAGAACGAUGUCUCCGAUACCGGAAAGGGCAAAGCUUCACAUAGCUAUGGUGGUGUUUCAGACAGGCUACGCUGGUAAUCACGUGAUCAUGAGAUAUGCUCUAAACUUAGGAGUAAGCAAGCUCGUCUUCCCACUUUACCGCACCAUCGUCGCUUUCUCUGUUCUUGCUCCCUCUGCUUACUUCCUUGAAAAAAAAGAAAGACCGGCGAUGAAAAUCAGUUUUCUGAUUCAAUUCUUCCUUCUUGGACUCGUUGGGUAUGAUCUUGUCUUUAUAUCUUGGAGUCAAGAUCAAUGACAAAAAACUUUUGAUUACAAUACUCAUUUUUGGUUAUAGAAUAACGUUAAACCAAGGAUUUUACAUCUUUGGAUUGGACAAUACCUCACCAACAUUCGCAUCAGCAACUGAAAAUGUUGUUCCUGCUGUUUCAUUCCUCAUGGCAGCGUUGCUCGGAAUAGAGAAGGUGGAAUGGAAGAGGAAAGAUGGUAUAGCCAAAGUGGUGGGGACAAUUGUAUCUGUCGCAGGCUCUUUGGUUAUAACACUCUAUAAAGGACCAACCAUUUACCAACCGAGUCUGAAUAUAGUGAACCAAACUAUUAAACCUGAAGAAGCAGAGGAAGAAAACAAGAACUGGACGUUGGGAUGUCUCUGUUUGAUGGGUCACUGUUUAUGUUGGUCAAGUUGGAUUGUGUUACAAUCACCAUUGCUUAAAAAGUACCCAGCUCGCUUCUCCUUCGUCUCCUAUUCUUGCUUUUUCGCAGUGAUACAGUUCUUUGGAAUUUCGGCUUAUUUCGAGAGAGAUCUAGAGAGGUGGAAGAUAAUAUCAGGAGGCGAAUUAUACGCGUUACUCUACACUGGUUUAGUUGGUUCAGCAAUGGUGUUUGCAAUACAAAUAUAUGUAGUGGAAAGAGGAGGACCUCUGUUUGUAUCAGCGUAUUUGCCUCUUCAAACUUUGAUUGCUGCUGUUUUAGCUACUUUAGCUCUUGGUGAACACUUUUACCUUGGAGGAUUGAUAGGUGCAAUACUAAUCAUGAGUGGACUAUACUUAGUUGUGAUGGGAAAGAGUUGGGAGAAUCAAGCUCUUUGCCAACAACAACAACACAUGAUUUCUUCAGCAGCAUCAGAUUUUGGUGAUGAAGAAGACUACCAUAAUAAUAAACCAAGAUCUCCUAUUAGUCAACCAUUAAUUUCUUCCUAAAUUUUGUUAGAUCCUAUUUAUGUCUUAAAUUCCUAGUUCCUACUCUCUUCCUCAUUAAAAUCGAAAUGGACCCGGUUGACGAAAUAGAGAUAAAAAUAAAUUUGGUUAAAA